GAAAAUUAUUAUAAUCUCUGUAUGGAAAAGUCCCAGAAAAUUAAUUUGUUUAUAUUGCAUAUACUCCAAGAACUGGAUGAAGAAAUUGAAAAGGGAUCGGAAGGAAUCACAUUAAACAUUGCUGGUAACAGUCGCUUAAUGCCAGAAGAAAGAGUAACAGGUGAAGAUUUUUGGAUUCUUUUCAGAAUUUUAAAGAAGAAUCCAUAUAUUAAUGGUUUGGAUGUUAGAUAUAACUUCAUAAGUGAUGUUGGUGCAUACUAUGCUGCAAGACUGCUUCAGAAACAACAUAACCUCAUUUACUUAAACCUUAUGUUUAAUGAUAUUGGGCCCGAAGGUGGAGAACUGAUUGCUAAAGCACUACAUAAGAAUGCAACUCUGAAAUACCUAAGAAUGACUGGAAACAAGAUUGAAAAUAAAGGCGGAAUGUUUUUUGCUGCAAUGCUACAAAUUAAUUCAUCUUUAGAAAAAUUAGAUCUGGGUGACUGUGAUCUGGGAAUGCAAAGUGUGAUAGCAUUGGCUACAGUCCUAACUCAAAACCAAACAAUUAAGGGAAUAAACCUAAACCGACCUAUACUGUAUGGUGAACAGGAAGAGUCCACAGUUCAUCUAGGCCACAUGUUGAAAGAAAAUCACUGCCUUGUUGAACUACACGUGUGUAAGCAUAAUAUAAAGAACUGUGGUAUUAAACAGUUAUGUGAUGCACUGUAUCUGAACAGAAGCCUACGCUACCUUGAUGUCAGCUGCAAUAAAAUAACUCGUGACGGAAUGGUGUGUUUGGCUGAUGUACUGAAAAGCAAUACUACCCUGGAAGUAUUAGAUCUUUCUUUUAACAGAAUAGAAAAUGCAGGAACAAAGUAUCUCAGUGAAACUCUUGCUUCACACAACAGGAGUCUUAGAGCGUUAGUAUGGUUUUAUAUUUAA